CAGCCUGCUCCAUUGCGGCUCCGUCUCCACGUCAGUCAACGAUAUAUUCAAACACUGACAGAAGUUAUGGCUGCAGAUGACGCCUUCAAAGUGUCCUCGUUGAAGGACAAAGUGACGCUGAUCACAGGAGCCAGUUCGGGCAUCGGGGCAGGAACCAGCAUCAUGUUCGCCAAACUCGGUGCUCUCUUGGCCUUAAAUGGGCGCGACGUGGAAAACCUCGGCAAAGUGGCGAAACAGUGCCGGGAGUGCGGGGCGGCGGAGCCCUUGCUUGUUCCUGGAGAUCUAACUGAUGAAGAGACGGUGAAGAGGACCGUGGAAAUGACUAUCGCUCACUUCGGCCGGUUGGAUGUCCUGGUCAACAGCGCUGGUAUCCUGGCCAUGGGCAGCAUUGAGACAGCAGACCUCGCUCAGUAUGACCGAGUGAUGAACGUCAAUGUCAGAUCCGUUUUCCAUUUGACUCAACUAUGUGUGCCCCACCUGAUUAAGACCAUGGGCUCCAUCAUCAACGUAUCAAGUGUCAAUGGACAGAGAUCUUUUGGUGGUGUCCUGGCCUAUUGCAUGUCAAAGUCAGCCAUCGACCAGUUCACACGCUGCACAGCACUUGAGUUGGCAUCCAAGCAAGUGAGAGUGAACUCUGUCUGCCCUGGCGUGAUCAUCACAGAUGUCCACAAGAGAGCUGGACUGGAUGAAGAGCAGUAUGUUAAGUUCUUGGAGAAGUGUAAGCAGACCCAUGCCCUUGGCCGACCAGGGGAGGUAGAGGAGGUGGCCCAUGCCAUUGCCUUCCUGGCUUCCGAUGCCGCCAGCUUCAUCACUGGGGUCAACCUGCCAAUCGAUGGUGGCCGCCAUGCCAUGUGCCCAAGAUAAUACCCAUCAUCUUCCCUUUCUCAGCCAAUAAUACACAACUUUGAAAAUAAUAGUAAUAAAAAACCUCUGAAAAUCCCAUGGAUGCCAGUGAAAUGAAAUGAGAAGGCCAGUUAAAUAAAAGAUGUCUUCACAC